ACCUGUACACUUUAUACACUGUACUACUAUCGAGCAAAAAUGAAUUUCUUUCUGCUUUUAAUCACCUGCGAGGUUGUGGCCAUCUAUGCAGCUCAGUGCCCUUCCGGUUGGGUACAGGGAGCAUCAUCAUGCUACUUAUUUGUGACGUCAUCAAGAGAGCACUGGACAUUGAGUUCGUAUCAUUGCAGCCUCCAUGGUGCCAGUCUAGUGAAGAUACAGUCGGCGACAGAGAACAACUUUCUUCGCAUGCACCUGAUUGAUAUGGGUAUCCACUCCGACUUCUGGAUUGGUCUGAGUGACGAUUCCAGGGAGGGCCAGUGGAAAUGGUUGCCGUCGGGCGAGACUUCGUGGUUCACGGACUGGGCCCCAGGACAGCCGGACAAUGGUCAUAAUGAGGACUGUGCCGUUUUGUUCCAUCAAGCAAAUUAUCAUUGGAAUGACGACCAGUGUGACAGGUCGUUCUACUUUAUCUGUGAAAAAGAGGGCGGUGGGCAUUCGGUGGAUGUAGUAGGAUGAUGUCUUUAACUACCUAAAUAAAGAUGAUCUCUAAUCAUACUGCAAAUCAUGGAAAAUAUCUAUCACUAUAUAAAUUUUAUUAUUACUAAA